AUGCUGUCGACCCCUGAAACUACCGAGGCGACGGGACCAGAAAAGGGAUACGUCGUACUCCAAGACGGGGAAACUAUCCCAAUUGUCAAUACGACAUCAACAUGCACACCGACCGUGUCCGACAUAGGUACUUUGCCGGUAGUCAAAGGGUUCCUCGAGGGCAAGUCUGUAACGGUUCUUCGGGACACCGGUUGCAACACUGUGGUUGUCAGAGAAGCGCUUGUACCGAAAGGAAGCUUUACAGGCACAAAAAGGCCAGUGUUUCUUUUGGACCGGACCGUGCACCACUUGCCGGAGGCAAUCGUAUCAAUCGACACGCCGUUCUUCACUGGCACCGUGCGUGCUAAGUGCAUGCAGAACCCCCUUUACGAUGUGGUCCUGGGGAAUAUUAAAGGAGUACUGCCUGCAGAGGAAGGACCAGAACACAAGCCUCAACAGCAGAAUGAAGCAAGCCAUGCAGACAGGAGGGCGACAAAUACGGACGACCUACCCACUGCUUCCAGACGCACUGGUGAGGCCGGUCAUCGUUUUCCUGAGACGGGCGCCAAGAACACGCAAGUGCCCAAAGAUUCAAGUUUGCCGCUUUUCCAAACCGAAGACCAAGAGGGACUUCCGAGUGAACGAGCUGCCGUUGCACAGGGAACUCCCAGACGCGCAACCUCCAGCCUGCCGGUAUUAAAAACUGCCGCCGGAACUAUAGAUAAAGCGACGCUGGAGGAGUUCCAACGCAAUGACGCACCCCUACGACGGUGUUAUGAAAGCGUGGGGAAGAAAAUGAUCAUAAACAGUCGUGAGGCAUGUUACUUCCUGUCUGACGGAAUUUUGUACCGAAGACACAAACUACUGUCGGGAAAAGAGCUGGAGCAGCUUGUUGUGCCUGUACAAUUAAGAGAAACGGUACUUAUGCUCGCACACGAGGGUAUUCUCGCAGGCCAUCAAGGGAUUUCUCGGACAACAGACCGCAUUCUCGCCGAAUUCUACUGGCCUGGUGUACAGUCGGAAACGAAGCGGUACGUGAAAUCCUGCGAUAUCUGCCAACGUACUGUUCCUCGACAUCUAGUCGGCCGUGCUCCACUUGGCACAAUGCCCGUUAUCGAGACGCCCUUUUCCCGCGUUGGAAUAGACAUCGUUGGCCCUCUGUCUCCGACAUCCUAUCAGGGCAAUAGAUACAUUCUUACGAUGGUGGACUUCGCUACCAGAUACCCAGACGCUAUACCUCUGCCCUCUAUUGAGAGCAAAAUGGUGGCAGAAGGCUUAAUGGAGAUGUUUUCCCGAGUAGGCUUGCCACGCGAAAUUGUCAGUGACCGUGGGACGAACUUUAUGUCUUCGGUCAUGAAAGAAUUUAGCCGACUUCUAUCGGUUAAACAAUUACCGACAACACCGUACCACCCGAUGGCGAAUGGGCUAGUUGAGCGUUUCAACGGUACUUUGAAGCGUAUGCUAGGCCGCAUGUGCCAGGAAUGCCCCAAAAAUUGGGAUCGAUACCUUGGCCCUCUUCUGUUUGCGUACAGAGAGAUGCCGCAAAGGAGUACCGGAUACUCGCCUUUCGAACUAUUGUACGGCAGGUAUGUUCGGGGUCCAAUGACCAUCCUCAAAGACCUGUGGACUAAUCCAAAGUUAGACGAGGUAACAAAGUCAGCCUACGAGUACAUCGUUGAAUUGAGACAACGACUUGAAAGAACCUGCGACAUCGCAGCUCAAGAACUCUCCAAAGCGCACACAAGCCAGAAGAGGUACUACGACAGAAAAGCAAAGAAGCGAGAAUUGGCCGUAGGCGACAAAGUGCUUGUGCUUUUGCCCGCCGACUCUAACAAGUUAAUCCUUACGUGGAAAGGCCCUUUCAAAGUGGUGCAGAAGAAGAGUCCGUUAGAUUAUGCCAUUGAUCUCGGCCAUCGCACCACUGUCUUCCACAUAAAUAUGCUCAAAAAGUAUGAGGAGAGAACAACCAACGAUCCUCCACCGCCGACAGUUGCUGCUGUGUCGUCACUGGACCAAACCGAACUGGAAGACUCGGAUAGUUCACUCCAUACGCCGCUCAUUCAAACGCAGACUUGGCAAGAUGUGACGAUAUGUCCUCAACUCACUACCGAACAACGGAACCAAGUCACCGUGCUUCUUGCAACUUACCACGACAUCUUUUCCGACUUACCGGGAAAGACUAACGUUUUGGAGUGCCAGCUCAAAUUGACCACCGACAUACCCAUCCAUGUCCGACAGUACCCGAUGCCAUUCGCGGUUAAGGAGGCCGUUGAGACAGAGGUGAUGGAAAUGUUGCGUUUGGGCAUAAUAGAGAAGUCUACAUCCGCUUACCAAGCACCAAUUGUGGUUGUUAAGAAGAAGGAUGGCACGAUGCGACUUUGCAUUGACUUUCGCCAACUGAAUAAUGUUGUCGUUCCGGAUGCAGAACCAAUCCCUCGCCCUGACAUGAUGUUUGCGCAACUUACUGGGCGCCAAUACUUUUCGAAGUUUGAUUUCACAAAAGGAUACUGGCAGGUGCCCAUGGCCAGUACGUCCAAAGCGUUUACAGCAUUUUCCUGCGACUCGGGCCUCUAUCAAUUCCGGUUUAUGCCUUUUGGCAUAAAAACCGCACCUGCCGUAUUCAACCGGUUAAUGAGAGAGGUGGUCGGUGGCAUUCCCAAUGUCUAUUACUACUUUGAUGAUGUUCUUGUUGCGACUACAACGUGGGAAGAACAUAUAGCCGCGCUACGGAAUGUAUUUCAACGUGUGCGCGAGGCACAUUUAACUAUAAAGCCAAAGAAAAGUGAAAUAGGUUCCCCGACGACUAGCUUUCUUGGUCACGUUGUGGGACAAGGACUGUUGCAACACCAGAAGGACACAUCAGACAAAAUCGUGUCAGCGAAACGACCCGAAAACAAGAAAGAGCUUCGAGCCUUUCUCGGACUCACCGGCUACUACAGGGAGUUUGUGCCCAACUAUGCCGAGAUUUCACAUCCACUUACCGAGCUAACGAAGAAAGGAAGUCCGAAUAAGCUGGACUGGCGUGACAAACAUCAGGAUGCAUUUCAGAAACUCAAGGAAACGAUGUCAAGCCAACCCAUAUUGAACGCGCCUAAUCUCGAAAGACCUUUCGUGUUGCGCACUGACGCCUCAUCGCGGAGUUUGGGGGCUGUCCUCCUGCAAGAAUACAAUGGUCACUUGCACCCGGUGUCUUACGCCAGUAGAAAACUGCUACCUCGUGAAGCGGCCUACUCCACCAUUGAGAGGGAAUGCCUCGCCAUCGUCUGGGGUGUGCAGAAAUUUCAUGUUUACCUGUACGGUAGGCCUUUUAUAUUGCAAUCCGACCACCAGCCACUGAAAUAUAUCAACUCUGCACGACAAGUCAACACACGAGUACUUCGCUGGAGCCUACUCCUGAUGGACUACGACUUCCGCGUAGAAUAUAUUCGCGGUUCGGAUAAUGUCGGUGCUGACUAUCUUAGUCGCACAUCCCUUACUCCGGAAUAG